CAAUUUUAGUGUGUUUCGUAAAUCUAAUCUAUUUAAUAGAUAAUAUUGUAAAGUAAAUGCGAACACCGGGGCGCCACGUCGUAGGUAAUACAUUAAUAAAAAAUUCCCCCUGUCGGCGUAUAAAUUUGAAAUGCUCGACGGCGAUGUGUCUACGUCAAUGUCACCAGAACCGGCACUGACUUUCGACUCGCACCUGCGGGGCCCGUCCUUCGUCAUGGAACCACCGUCGAGGCUCGAAUUCUCCAACUCCAGUGGGGGCUGGUUGGACUGCUCCGCUUCCGGAAGCCCCCAGCCCUCCAUCGACUGGCUUUCCGUGGAUGGCACCUCCGUGGGUGACGUGUCCGGCAUUCGGCGAGUGCUCAGGAACGGCACGCUAUUCCUGCAGCCGUUCGCUGCUCAGGCCUACCGUCAAGACAUUCACAGCACUGUUUACAGGUGUGUGGCGAGCAACAACGUCGGUAGGAUCAUCAGCAGGGAUGUCCAAGUUAGAGCAGUGGUUACCCAGGCUUUCAAAGUUGACGUGGAGGUGAUCGGAGCAGCACGAGGCUGCACAGCAGUGUUAAAAUGCAUUGUGCCAAAUUUUGUCAAAGACUUAGUUAGGAUUAUAUCAUGGGUUCAAGAACCUACUUUCUUCAUUUAUCCGUCUCUCCAGGGAGACGGGAAGUUCCAUCAACUGCCCUCGGGAGAACUGCUCAUCCAUAAUCUGGAGUUCAGUGACCAGUUCCCCACGUACCGCUGCAGGACCAUGCACCGGCUCAGCCGGCAGGUCGUCGUGAGCAGCCCUGCCAACGUCAGAAUUACCGAACAUCGAGGUAUUGUGUCUCCAGUGAUAGUGGAGAAUUCGGGCACGGUGACUGUGGCCCAAGACGAAGGGGCGGCACUGAUUUGUAUUGCUCAAGGAUGCCCGGCUCCCGAAUACAGGUGGUACAACCACGCCGGUUUAGAACCAAGCUUGAUCAUACCAGGGCCCAGAGUUAGACAGCUUGGACCAGUCCUCGCUAUCGAGGCCGUAACUUCAGAGGAUGGGGGGCCCUACCGGUGUUCGGCGUCGAACGCGGGCGGCGAAUCCAGCGCAGAGUUGCGAUUAAUCGUCUCCACGCCCCUGCACGUAGAGAUCUCGCCGCCGCUGAUGAGCGUCCACAUGGGAGGCACCGCCGAGUUCAGAUGCGUGGUGUCCGCCCAAAGUGGUGGCCCGCACCUCGUCACGUGGUACAAAGACGGCAGACAGCUCCCAAGCACGGGUAGAGGGUCCAGCGAAACUCUCAUCGUGAACAACAUAGGGAGGGAAGACAGGGGAAUGUAUCAGUGCGUCGUCAGGAGGGCUGAAGGGGACACUGCCCAGGCAGCAGCUGAACUGCAAUUGGGGGACGCCCCCCCGAUACUGCUCUACAGUUUCAUAGAGCAAACACUUCAGCAAGGACCGGCAGUAUCCUUGAAAUGUAGCGCUUCUGGGAAUCCAACUCCUCAGAUAUCCUGGUCCCUGGAUGGUUUCCCUCUGCCCAGUCAUGGAAGGUUUGUAAUUGGGCAAUACGUCACCGUGCACGGGGACGUGAUAAGUCACGUCAACAUCAGCCAGGUGAUGGUGGAGGACGGAGGGGAGUAUACGUGUACGGCCGAGAACAGGGCCGGGAAGACGUCCCAUUCCGCCAGGCUCAAUAUUUACGGGAUGCCGUACAUCAGGCUGAUUCCCAAAGUGACGGCGGUGGCUGGUGAGACCCUGCAGCUGAAGUGCCCCGUGGCCGGCUACCCCAUAGAGGAAAUCCACUGGGAGCGCGGCGGCAGGGAGCUGCCGGACGAUCUCAGGCAGAAGGUGCUGGCCGACGGCACCCUCGUCAUCAAUCCGGUGGAGAAGAAAGCCGACUCCGGGGUGUACACCUGUUGGGCCAGGAACAAGCAGGGCCAGAACGCCAGGAGGAGUGGGGAAGUCAACGUCAUAGUUCCCCCCAAGGUUAGCCCCUUUUACGCCGAGGACACCCUCCACGUGGGCGACAGGGCCAGCCUGACGUGUUCCGUGACCAAGGGCGACCUCCCGCUGACCAUAUCGUGGCACAAAGACGGCCGCGCGCUGGAGCCGGCCCAGAUGAUGUCAAUUACCCAGGUGGACCAAUUUACUAGCAUUCUAGUGAUAGAGAGCCUGAUGCAGGAACACAACGGCAACUACUCGUGCGUGGUGCGCAACCUGGCGGCCGAGGUGUCGCACACCCAGCAGUUGGUAGUCAAUGUUCCCCCUAUAAUUGAGCCCUUUUCCUUCCAAGACGGGCUAUCGGAAGGCAUGCGCACCCGUACCGUCUGCGGAGUUAGUAAAGGGGACCCACCACUAGUGGUGUCCUGGCUCAAGGACGGUCAACCAUUGACGCCUAACCUGGGCGUCAACGUUUCAGCCCUUGACCCUUACUCUAGCCUCCUGAGCAUUUCUAGCCUUGACUCGAGACACUCCGGCGACUUUACCUGCGUGGCCAGCAACCCUGCCUCAGAGGUUAGGUACACUGCGAAGCUACAGGUCAAAGUGCCGCCCAAGUGGCUCGUCGAGCCCAUCGACGUCAGCGUCGAGCGCAACCGACACGUGGCCCUCCACUGCCAGGCGCAGGGCGUCCCGACGCCCACCGUCACCUGGAAGAAAGCCACAGCCAGUAAGUCCGGGGAUUACGAGGAGGUGCGGGACCACAUGUACACGAAAUUGCUGGGAAACGGCACGCUGCUGCUGCAGCACGUCAAGGAGGACCGCGAGGGAUACUACUUGUGCCAGGCGGACAACGGUAUAGGGACGGGCAUCGGGAAGGUCAUCCAGCUGAGGGUCAACUCCUCGCCGUACUUCUCCGCGCCCUCGCGGCUCGUCACCGUCAAAAAGGGAGACACCGCCCUUCUGCAUUGCGAUGUGAACGGGGACAAGCCGAUCAGCGUGAUCUGGCUGAGGGGCGGCAAGACCGAACUCAACCCGUCCACCAACUACAGGGUGAACGUCAAGCAGGACGUCACGCCGGACGGGGUAUCCGCCGAAUUGCAGAUUGUCAACGCUGACGCCAAGGAUAGCGGGGCGUAUUUUUGCCAAGCCAGCAAUAUGUACGGGAGGGAUCAGCAGCUGGUACAGCUGCUGGUCCAGGAACCUCCGGGUCCGCCUCAAGGCCUGGAGGCGGCUAUGAUAAGCAGCAGAUCCGUCAACUUGAAGUGGCUUCACAAAUCCGGAGACUCCAACGAAGUAUUCAAGUUCGUCGUCGAAUAUAAAGAGGUGGAUAGAUCUUGGCAUCAGAUAGAAUUUACGGAAAACCCGCUGCCCUACGCCGCUCUCAUAGAAGAUCUGAAACCGGCCACGAAAUACACCUUCCACGUCAUCGCCGAAGGCCCUGCCGGGAAGAGCGCCCCCAGCGAAGACCUCGUGUUAAGAACCGAACCUCAGAGGCCAGCGGGAUCACCCUUGAAUCCUUCCGCGCGACCCAUCUCCUCCACGGAAAUAUUGGUCAUCUGGUCGCCUCCCUUACCGGAACUUAGGCAUGGGGACAUCCAGGGCUUUAACGUGGGCUACCGCACGGCCAGCAUGGGGGCCUACAAUUUCACGUCGGUGACGGGGGACGGCGAGGACGGCGGCGAAUUGCUAUUAGGAGGGCUGGCGAAGUACACCAGAUACACCAUAGUCGUUCAGGCGUUUAAUGAGGUGGGAGCGGGGCCGCUGUCCGAGCCUGUUACGGCGCAGACUAUGGAGGAUGUUCCGAGCAUGCCCCCCGAAGACGUUAGAUGUGCCGCUCUCACCUCCCAGUCCCUCCAGGUCAGUUGGCAGCCACCGCCAACGGAGCACUGCAACGGACUCCUGCAAGGGUACAAACUCACCUAUGAACCUGUCCUGGACGACAACUGGAGAGGCAACGACGAAAUGGAAACGAGGAAGACAACAGCACUAACAACAGUGAUCACCGGAUUGAGAAAGUUCACCAACUACAGCCUGCAAGUGCUGGCUUUCACUAAAGUCGGCGAUGGGGUUUUCACCAUCCCGUCUUACUGCCAGACGGAAGAGGAUGUGCCCGGUGCUCCCGCCGAUAUCAAGGCCGUGGUGAGUUCCCCGCAGUCGCUGAAGGUCUCGUGGCUUCCGCCCCUCGAUCCGAACGGGGUGAUAACGAAGUACAACUUGUACCGGAGGAACAUGGACGGUCGGCAGGAGGUGGACAAUGCCAAGCAGACGAUCUCCAGUCAACACACCGUUUUCGAGGUGAAAGGGAUCCAGUCGCACAUCGAAUAUCAGUUCUGGGUGACGGCUUCCACGAGGAUAGGGGAAGGGCAGAGUUCGAAGGUGGUUUCUCAGGUGGCUACGCCGAGAGUCCCAGCCCGGAUAAUUUCCUUCGGAGGUGUCGUCGUACGUCCAUGGCGUAGUUCCGUCGCCUUCAACUGCGAAUCUGUUGGAACGCCCAGGAGGGAAUGGCUCCGAAACGAACAAUUACUCAAGGGGGGCGCAAGUCACAACCAGCAACUACUGGACACGGGCGAGCUGAUUCUCUCCAACCUCCAACUGUCCGAUGCCGGUAACUACUCCUGUCAAGUGGACAACGGCCAGGGCUCGGACAGGAUCUCGUACAACCUGGUGGUGCAGGUGCCCCCGUCGGCGCCCCUGCUGUACGUGACGAGCGCCACCAGCAGCAGCGUGCUGCUCCAUUGGAAGGCUGGGAGUAACGGGGGGGCGGCCGUCAGUGGGUUCACUUUGAACUACAGGAAGGAACACGGCAAUUUAGACGAAAUUCACCUGUCCAGACACGCUACGAGCUUCGAGUUGAAGGGCCUUUCCUGCGGGACCACUUACCACCUGUACCUGACGGCCCACAACAAAAUCGGGAGCUCGCCCGCCAGCCACCCCCUGCAGGCCCGCACCCAAGGCCACCCUCCCGGCGUCCCGUCGGCGUCGUCUUUUAUCACACCUAACUCUACCUCGGUGGUCCUGCGCCUCCACGUCUGGCCGGACAACGGGUGCCCCAUCCUCUAUUUCAUCCUGCAGUAUCGGAAGGCGACAGAGUCGCAAUGGACAUUAGUAUCGAACGCUCUGAAACCACAACGACGGACGUCGAUAACUGGUUUAACACCCGCUACCCAGUACGUUGUUAAAUUGGAGGCUCACAACGUCGCGGGCUUCUCCACGGAGGAGUUUGCUUUCAUGACGCUCACGAAGGAAGGGGAUAUUCCUCCGCCGGACCUGAUGAAACAAGGAAGCGAAGACCCCCCUUUUUACUCGGACAUGAAAAUUGUGAUUCCGUUAUUGCUGUUAGUUCUAGCCAUAAAGAUAUCCGUAGUGGGAGCUCUACUAUGUAUGAGACGUCGCCAAAACGAUGCUGCCAAAGAACAAUUAGAUAACCAACAAAACGCCGAAGCUCAAAGAGAACGCUACUACGCCACAAUCCACAAGGUAGCGUUGCAAGCUGGUGAAAAGAUACCAGAAACCUCAGAAGACAUAUCUCCGUACGCGACAUUUCAACUCUCCGAGCCAAGCACUCUGCCGCAGAACACGAUGCUGCACAGUUUCAUGUACCACGAACACCCCAUGACUGAGGGCUGCGCUUCGCCACCUCCAGCCACCUCGUCUGUUCAACGAAACUCACCUUACUAUAAUAUUCAAAAAUUUCAAAGUACAAAAGGUCAUGGACGAAGACGUGCCAAUAGAAAAAAUGACGUGGAUAGUGAAGACAGCGAGUCGGAUCAGGACCAGCUGACAUCCAGUCGCACCGAGUCUUCCAACCAACUAGAUAUGAAACACAAACAUAAUUUUGUGUACCACGGGGCCCAAUCGAGUACAUCUUCGGACAUAUCCCCAAUGUCAGAACAAAAGUCGCUACCCCGGAGGAACCGAAAUAGGUGGCUGGCCCAGGGGGGCCGGAGCGGGUCUCAAAGACAAAUGCUGUCUCACCUAUCGGUAGCGGAAACGGCAUUUACGGAAAGGCCACCGCCGGAACAAAACACACCCGACCGACCAGAGCUAAGCGAGGCGGAAUGUGACAUCGACACUCUCAAAAAACUUAAGUUAGGCUUGAGAUCGAGUCUGUGGUCGAGACCGAGCGGCUCUGGACAGCCGUCGGACUACUCGAUUGCUGUGUAAUUGGGUGUGAAGUCGGGAGUUACGGUGUAUGUUGCAAAAUGAACACAAAACAAUUGUACAAAUUUUUGAAAUUUUACAGGAGUUCCUCGCGAAACGCAGUUUUGGACGGUGAAAUGCAGCGUUGCAGUAAGUUCCCAUUAAAAUUCAUUUUAUAAUCAAAAUAAUGAUCAGAAAUUUUUUUUCUAUUAUUCAUAUUUUGCGCAAACACACCUUUUCUAUGACGCAACUGACUGGAAUCAUCGUGGCAUUUGCCCGAGCACAAGCACUUCUCGUUAAUUUCUUUUUAAGCCAAAAACGUCAAAAUUGUUAAAUAUCUUUUUAAUACAAAUAAUUUAAACACAAAAAAUUACGUAGUAGUAUUUUUGUCUACUCUGUUCAAAAAUUAAAUUAAUUUGGAAAUCGAUUGAAUUCAAAAAAUGUAUCACAUUAGUUUCCUUUUUUUUUCCCGAACCUCCAAAAUUUAUAUGAGAGAAAAUUAAAUAGUUUCUAAAUUACUGUCUCUUUUUUUAACAACUUUGAUCACUUUUGUAUAUUUUUUUGUUUGCGUUAGGCCUAUUAAAAUUUUUGCAGUCAUCAAUUCAAAAAUGAAAACCUGGUAGACACUUUUUGCAAAAUACAAUGAAUAAACAUAAGAAUAUUGAAAGGUUUGAAUAAUACAACAUGCGUUCCAAAGUAAACAACCCUUUUUAAAAAUAAGAACAAUAUAAAAGUUUUUUUAGCAAAACCGAUUUAUUUUAAUCAAAAUAGUCCUCUUCCGACUCAAUACAGCGAUUAGCGCGGUCGAAAAACGUGUUGAAUUAGUGUUUUAAAUCGUCAGGUUGGAUGACCUUUUGGAUGGCUUCUACGUCCAAAAAAACUUUCCUUUCAUCGGCAAAUGCAUUUUUCCGAAAAGGUGAGUCACACGGUACCAAAUCAGGCGAAUACGGGGAGCGGUUGAUAGUUUUAGUAAAAAAAUUAGUCACAAGUGUCAAUCGAUGAGAUGGCGCAUUAUCGUGUAACAAAUGCCAACUUUCUUCUGCGUGAUGUAUGUAUGUAUGUGUCGGGGGGGUGGUGGAAAAUUGUUUUUCCACCGUGGCACUUAGGCCUUAUUAGGCCCCUUGUACACCCCCGAGUACUUUUCUUCAAACCUAUCCUAUCCUAUAACAACACGGGUGGCAAAGUCUCGUACAAUUUUUAUGUAUGAUAGUAUGGUCUUGAAUUAGAGAUUUAUUGCUCUAUUCUCAUUACCAUUUUAUCGGGGACCACACGCUGGCGGCAGGUGUUGAGUGGGCUGCCACAUCCCGAGCCUGCCUUAGGUCACCCAUCCAAGUUCCAGCCUGCGUCCGUGAUGCUUACCUCGGCCGAUCGAAAUCCAUCGGCCAAGACACCUGGCUAGGCAGUCCCCUCUUCUGUGUGAUAUUCUGCUACUAAGCUCUUCAAAACCCCGAGAUAGAAUCGUGCAUUAACUGUUUAACCCAGUGGACGAACUCUUUGUGAACAAUGUUCUUGGAAUCGUAAAAGCAAAUCAUCAUUGUCUUCACUUUCGACUUCUCUAAAUUAGAUUUUUAUGGUUUUUGGUUCGUUUGUCUCCUUCCACUCGGCAAUGUGGUGCUUGGUUUCUGGAUUAUAUUGAAAACAACAAGUUUCAUCACCAGUCGCAAUGUUGCAAAGGAAGUUUUUGUACUUUUUUGGCCUUUUCGAUGUCCUUCGGACGUUGAAUUCUGAAUAAUUUUUGGUCGUCAGUCAACUUGUGCACACACUUCGGUAUCCCAAAUCUUCGGCCAAAAUACGAUAAAUUUUGGAUGGCUUCUACAUCCACAAAAACUUUCCUUUCAUCGGUAAAUGCUUUUUUCCGUAAAGGUAAGUCAUACGGUACCAAAUCAGGCGAAUACGGGGAGUGGUUGAUAGUUUUAGUAAAAAAAUUGGUCACAAGUGUCAAUUAUUAUCGUGUAACAAAUGCCAACUUCCUUCUGCACGACAUUGUGCUGCUAAACUCUUCAAAAUGCCGAAAUAAAAUUGUGCAUUAACUGUUUAGCCCAGUGGACGAGCUCUUUGCUCUCGGAAUUGUAAAAGUAAAUCAUCAUUGUCUUCACUUUCAACUUCUCUAAAUUAGAUUUUUUGGGUUUCGUUUCGAAACAAGUUUCAUCAUCAGUCGCAAUGUUGUAAAAAGACCUUUUGGACUUUUUUGGCCUUCUCGAUGUCCUUCAGAUGUUGAAUUCUGAACAAUUUUUGGUCGUCAGUCAAGUUGUACACACUUCGUAGACCAAAUCUUCGGCCAAAAUGCGAUAAAUUGAUAUUUUUGAGAUGCUCAUUUCCAAUUCCAUGAAUUUCAAUGAAGAUUCUGGCGGAUCUUUGAUGAAUUUACUCACAGUUUUUAUGGGAUCUGCGGUGAUCGCAGAUUUCGGUUGGCCGACGUGUUGCUCAGUAUUUAUGUCCUCACGAGCGUUUUUAAACCACGGAUACCACUCGUGAACAUAAACUCGGGAUAAACAAUCGUCACCGUAAACUUGGUUCAUCGAUUGAAGUGUUUCGGUAAGAGUUUUACCAAAUUUAAAGCAAAAAUUAAUAUUAGCUCUUUGUUCGACACUCAUUUUUGUAUCGGUGACACAAACGUACUGUAAAUAACCUCUAUUCGUCCAAAUGCCAUGAAAUUUUGACAGUACAUUAGUGGAGGAUCUACCUUUCCGAGGCAUGUAAUUGCCAAUAGAUGGGCUCACUAGAGAUACUUAUUUUUGAAAAGUCGCGUUUACUUUUUAACGCAUCUUGUAUGUUGGAAUUUUUUGUUUUACCGAUGUGCUAGUGAAAAUAAAACGUUGAUUUUUUAUCGAAAAGUUUUUAUUUUCACCAGUGCAUCUGGAAAAAUAUAAUUUUUUCAUUGGUUUUUCGGCACGAUAUAGAAAAAUUUUUAUCUUUACUGAAAUCUCUGGCAGAUUUAUCGAGAAUUUUAAUUUUUUAACGUAAUAAGUGAAUUGUGUUUUAUAAGGGUUCCCGUACAUAAUAACUGUGAACGAACUAUCCGAUAAUCAAAAAGUAAAUGUCAAAAUGUCUCUGAGCCGAGCGCAACAUACACCUACGACCCCGUUACGUUGUUCAAUAAAAUCAAAAUUAAAAGUUAAAUUUUAUACAAAAAUUAAAGUUAAGUUUGUAAUAUAUGUUUAUGAGAAAUUUUUGGAGCAAUUUUAUAAUAUAAUUUCGACUGACUUAAUGACAAAAUAGAUAACUUUCCUGUCGAUGUACCAAAAGCAAUCACUGUCUGAAUAAAAUCAAAAUACCCCCGAACCCGUAAACAGUAUGUAUAAUAGUUCAACUUAAA